CACCAGUCUAGACUACUCAGUUGUUCAUGACCAUGACCGCGUGCAAGAGAAUGGUGCCGGCCUUGCGCUCUGUCGCAAUCAAGCCGGCCUUCGUCCCGGCGCGGAGCUUUUCGGUCUCGCCCUUCAUGAGGGAACCCGCUCCCACUCUGCCCGCGAAGAAGCCCGUGGGCGCAUUUCGCGGAGGAAUUUUCGGUUUUCUUUCCGGCGCGCUUGCUGCCAGCGCGGGCGUCUAUUUCUAUAUCCUGGGAGAGUACAGGAUCGCGAACGAGAUGCUGACUGAAGAUAUUACUGCACUUCAAUCGGCGACGCAAAGGCUGCAGACGUACAUUGGUGAACUAGAAACCAAGGUUGACCAGCUGCAGAAGAAGAAAUGAGCUGGCCCACUUGCAAAAAUCCUGAACUCAUUAUACCGUGCAUUUUCCCCCUCUACCUGUUACUUACAGUCCUGAUAGUCUUUUCUGUUUCAUGUUCACGUGUUGCAACUUCGGGUCUUAUCAUGUCAUUCGGUUCGAUUGCAGGGUCUGAACGGAUGGACUCCAGGAGGAACAGCGAUGGAUGGCCGCUUAAUGGAACAUAACCCUGUAUUACAUAUGAGUACCUGUCUAUGAAUAUCGAUGCUUACCGUGAAAUUCCCGGAUACUAGAUCACUCUGAUAUACCAGUCGGGCGGCGAAUAGCAGCGUCAUCGACCAAGCUCACUGCAAACAGGAC